GUGAAAUUUUUGCAUUUCUCAGUGAGCAGCAGCAGGUCUGGGCCAUUGCCAUGGGCCAUUGACAGCGACUCAGACAGCUGGAGACGACCGACCGGCUCUGGGGCUCGAACUGAGCCUCAGUCUGGGUCUUCUGAUCGCGCGGCAUUCAGUCAGAAACGAACCAACAACGGAGUCGGCCUAAACCGCACGGAAAACGUAUCGAAAUCGAAAGUGCUCUGUGACCGCGCGACUUGAAUCGCCAAGUGCUUGCUCUGUGAGAAGGGGGUGUCAUCCAGCCAUCAUAUGUCACCGGCUACGGCUAGCAAACAGACAGCCAUCCGGCUUCGGCCUGGGGCUGCUGUUUACCUGGUAGUUUUAUGCCUGGGCCAUGGGCCGUCGUUCGUCUUAUGUAAUGACAGCGAUGGUGAAAAUAUGCAAAAAUACGCGAAUGAAUCACACGCAGUGGUGGAGGCGGACUCAAACGCUCCCAUUUGGUCGCAAUUUCUCGAAGAUUAUGUUUUGAGCCAAAGCAGCAGUCAGCGAACGUCCAAGGAUCUGCCGUACAUGGGAGGCGGCGAUAUGGGCAUGAGCAUGUCCAUGAACGGACCCCUUAACUAUCAUUCGUCGGCCUACAAGCGACCUGGGAACAACAUUUACAUCACGCGGCGGAUUGGCGAGGCUGUGGAGCUGGAGCCGCAUUUGCGCAAGCCCGUGGAGAGUCAGAGUCCCAUUGUGAAUCCCCAAUUCCGGCCGAUGACCAAUCAAAUGUUGCACCAACAGCAACAGCAGCACCUGCAACAGCAACAGCAACAGCAACAGCAGCAGCGACAGCAGCCUGGCUUCCUGCAGCAGCUUUUUGGCAUUGGCGGCAGUUCUGGGGGAGGCAAUCCCAAUCCCAAUCCUCCUCCUCCUCCCCAGCAGCAGCAGCAUCUGCGGCCAGUACCCCUGCAGCAGCAGCAGCAGCACCAGCAACAGCAUCUACAGGGCAGUGGCCAGCCCACAACAUUCCGGGCUGUUUCCGAGAACGAUCUGUAUCUGCUGGGUGCCAUCGAGAAGCUGGUCUAUCGUGUCGAUUACCUGGAGAGUCGUGUGCGACGGUCAGAGCAGUUGAUCUACUACCUGAUGGCUGGCAACAAGGAAGGCCAGAAGGAGGUCAAGGAUCCCUGCCCCACGAACUUUACGCGCAUCAGCGACAACUGCUAUUACAUCAACAGCCAGCAGCAGGUCAACUGGAAGACGGCCAAUUCGGCCUGCAAGGCCCUCAACUCGCAUUUGGCAGAGUUCGAAAAGGUCUCGGAGAACGAAGAGAUUAUGGCCUAUCUGCUGAACCAGCCGCCGCACAGGGGACGCGACUACUGGCUGGGCGGUCUCAACCCUGGUCUCCUGUGGAUCUGGUCCAACUCGGCCAAGCCUGUGAAUCCCAAUACGAACCUCACAUCGAUAGCCAUGGCCCAGAAGAGCGAGAAUGCCACGGCCUCCAAUCUGGUGGAUAGCUCCGAGGAGACAUCGGAGGACGGCAGCGAUGUCCUCAACAACACCGUGCAGAUCGAGGGCAAGGGACGGUGUCUCCGGCUGAGCUACAAUGCGGGGAAGCAUAGCUAUGUGUACUAUGGCCAGGAGUGCACUUCGAGGCACUAUUACAUCUGCGAGCACGAGGACACGACGCUGGACAAUAAGAUCAAGAAGAUAUCCCGCGAGCUGAAGCUCUUCGAAUGACGAAUGUGAUAGGUCGGAGGGCACU